UUAGCGUGUCGGUCAGAAUGUUGACAAAAGACCAAAUGCUGUGCGCCCUGGAAUGCGUUAAUGUUCCUGUGUCGCCGAAUGCCACCAUUGCGCAAAUACGUAAGAUGUACGAAACUACCUUCGAAAGCGUACAAAAUAUGAACAAUCCAUAUGAUGUUCCAUCGGUUAGUGGAAAGCCUAAGGAAGAAACUGCACUUGCACUACAAAGCGAGACACAUGUUAGCGAGAACAAUGCCACCACCAUGACGCAUACUGAGAACGACGUAACCGCCAUUUUGCGCAACGAACACGAUACCGCUACGCUUGAUUCAUCUAUAGCUGGAAAUCCGCAAAGCGACACACCCAAUAUAAACGAUGAGAUUGAAAUGCUAAAAAAAAAGCUUGAAAUUCUUGAGCUCAAACAACGAAUUACAGCCCUAGAAGCUCCAACUGUUCCUUUCCCGGGGCCACAACCACCGAUAUUCAAUUUUGAAGAAAUUGUCGAUAAAUUUAGCGGUGACAAUAAAGAUCACAUGGAGCGUUGGUUCAAGGAACUGGAACGUGCGUUUCUCCCAUACAAUAUGGAUAAUACAAUGAAGCUGCACUAUACUCGUCGAUUGCUCACUGGUACGGCUGCAAAAUUUGAAAAAUCACUAGAUUUUACAGCGUAUCAUGAAUUGAAAGAUAGUUUGAUAGAAACUUUCAGCGAAACCAAAUCGCUUGAAAAUGUAUACAAGCAACUCAGAUCACGACAACUUGGAAGAAACAAGUCCAUCACACGGUACGUUCUAGAUAUGCAAGCCUUAGCAUGGGGAACUCCAGUACCAGAAGAAGAUCUGGUAAAUAUCAUCAUCGAUGGAAUCAAUGAUCCUAUCAACACAGCAUCUAUUCGAUUCGCUGCUCGUUCUUUAACUGAUUUGAAGCGACUAUUGAAACGGUACGAGCAAAUCCGCCCUCAACACAUUGCAACACCAUCAUCAUCAGGGACCAUCCGCCAACCAAGUAAUGUGUCAAGAACAUCGGAUAACCAGCAGGCACCCGCUGUAGUGAGAUGUUACAACUGCUCUCAAUUUGGACGCUAUCAGAAUUCCUGCCCUAUACCACGUCGACCACCAGGAUCGUGCUUUAAGUGUCAUCAGGUUGGGCAUGCUGCUCGAAACUGCCCAAUUAAAAUAAUCAUCCCAUCGGCUGCCGCGCAUUAUAAAGAUCAGGGUAAUAAAGAUCAGGGUACAACUUUAGACGAAUUUGAACAGGAAGCCCAGUGAGCUUUAUCGACUCUUCUAUAGUUCCAAAAACUUUGGUUAAACCACCUCUGACAUCAAGAUAUCAGGGUCUCGGAAACCAGAUGCUUGUUGUCUGUGGAGAGGUGUCUUGCAAAAUAAAUCUGCGAAAGGAUGAGGCAGUACAUACAUUUAUCAUCCUCCCUAGCGAUAGUAUUGCCUGGCCUAUGAUUAUUGGUCGUGACCUAUUAAAAAAAUUCAAUAUCUUUCUGUAUAAAAACAAAUCAAAAAUUGAACUUAAUAAAGGACCUACCAAUCUUAACAGAGAAACAUGCAUGUAAUCAUUGGCUCAGAGUAUUCCGUUGCCUCAAGACACAUUAGAUUUAGUACCAUUCAAGUUAGAAAGACUAUGCCCUGCAGAAUAUCACGACACCCAAAAUGAGGCAUUUGAGGAAAUAUGUGCGAUUGAUUUAUCUGAUGAUGUUUCAGAACUCCAUAUAGGUAAACAUUUAACUUGCCAUGAAAAUUCAGCUCUUUUAUGUUCUAUAAAUCAAAAUUAUUUAAAUUAUCCAUCUGAAAAAAAUAUUCCACACGAUCACAGCAUGAAAAUAAGUCUUACCCAUGACACACCUUUGUUCACAAUACCCCGUCGACUAUCAUAUGGAGAGCGAAAUCAAGUGCGUGAAAUAGUUAAUGACUUAUUAGAAAAACAAAUAAUUCGUCCAAGUAAUUCGCCGUAUGCUUCGCCUCUAGUUUUGGUCAGAAAGAAGAGUG